AAAGGGCGUUCCGCGGAGGGGAGGGGCCGCUUAGACCAAUCAGGAGGUGUGAAACGCACCAUUAUUGACGACGCGGGGCGGGAGUGGGGGAAACAGAUGGUGAUCGCUUACCAAACCUUAGCCAGUUGUGCGUUGGUAACCGGCGUGUAUACAUGAAUAGUGUGUUUUUUGUGUCAACUGUGUUUUUGUGCUGUGAUUUUUUGUGUACAUGGACUCUAGUGUGAAAAUAUCUUGGACUGUAAACUGUUCUUUUUGACACAAUAAUUCCACGUAUAAAUUUAAUUAGAAAAAAAAUACUACGUGAGUGACUAUUUGGAUAAAUAAGCAAUUUAUUGAUACCCUAUAUAAAUUUAUUGUACAAUAAUUAUAAAUACUUUACAGUGCUCCUGGAAGCUUGCAAAAUCUUAGUACAGUUCAUAUAAUUAUAACUGAUUGGAUAUUGGUAUUUUAUUUCGCAUACAAGUCUCUAAAAAUAAAUAAAAUAAAAUGUAACCUCAAGAAGAAAAAUAAAAAUUAACAAAAACACAAGACAACAAGUACAGUCCAAAAACUCUCGAGCCAUUGGUUCCACAGUUUUAAAUUAGUUGUACUAAAGGGUUUGUAUGGACUAAUUUAAACACUAAACGAGUCAUGCCAUCUUAAAAUCUUUAAUUUAUACCUUGAGAACUAUAAGAACAAUUAUUCAAAAAUCCGUCCCGAAGGACCAAAAACGUUUAAUAUGCCUCUCCGCCUGUGAACCAUGGUUCUCGACGGCGGAGUGUUACCGCCUCCUCUCCGUCUCUACGCUGCUGCCGCCGCCGCUGCCAAUGGCUCCUGCUUCAACCCCCAGGCGAACUUCCCUCCGCACUCCCUGUUCCCGCACUUCGCGCGGUUCCCGCUCCAGAACUUCCCGGGGAUCCCGCCGGGGUUUCUGCACCCGCAACACCAGGUGCAAGGCCUCCGGUUCGCCGCCAACCUCCUGGGCAGACAUCCUCACCCGCAGGACAUCCGGAGGCGACAACAGCUGGCCAUCAGGAGUGCCAACUCUCCGGACAGUUGUCAGGGUGACCUCAGCAAGAAAGAUGGUGAGCUGGGCAGUAACGAGGACUUGUCAUCCAGCAAGAGACGACGCUCCAGAACCAACUUCAACUCUUGGCAGUUGGAGGAGCUGGAACGCGCGUUUCUUGCGAGUCACUACCCUGAUGUCUUUAUGAGGGAGGCUCUAGCGUUACGACUAGACCUGAAGGAGUCAAGAGUUGCGGUGUGGUUCCAAAAUCGACGGGCGAAAUGGAGGAAGAAGGAGCACACGAAGAAGGGCCCGGGCAGACCAGCGCAUAACGCUCACCCUGUAACGUGUAGCGGGGAACCUAUUCCGGCCGAGGAACUGAGAAGAAAGGAGAUAGAAAGGCGGCAGAAGAAACUGCUGAAGAGUCUGGAGCGGCAGCAGCGGAAACUGGCUGCCAAGGGAGUCAAUGUGGACCUGGAAACGCUCAGGAGAGAAUGGGAAGCGCAACAGGCUUCUGGCAAAGGCAAGGACCUCCAUAGCCCCAGGGUGGAUGGGAGUCACCUAGAUUCUUCCUCCUGUUGCAGCAACUCCAGUACCACCCGCGACAUCGAGAUUGACGUCGUGGGCGACGAGGAGGAGUUCAGGGGUCCCACGUUAGAUCUGAGCUCUACCACCGUCGAUAAGGCUAGAAGACUCAACCCAUUCAGCAUAGAAAGUCUUCUGAGCCUAGGAGCGGGGUUUCAGCCUCCACAACUCCAAAGUCCAACGCACCAUCAGCUUCCAUCCCCUACGCAACUAUCAAUGUCACCACUACCGGGGCACCACCAGCAACAUCCAGUUCCGACGUCGGGGCCGCCAUUACAGUUGUGAAAGUGGAACGAGACUUCGCAGUUCCAGUGAUAUUGGAACUUUGGACUUCCUAGAGAAGUUUGUGAAAAGUGAACAUAAACAUGUUUCUGGUGGAAAUGUAAAUUAAUUUUGAUGAGGAACUCUAAGCGUGACGUAAAAACGAUUUAUAGUCCAGAGCACUCAUUUACCCUAAAUUUUAGUGGGAAGGAAAUUGUUUCAACCAAUUUUUUGUUUGCCAUUUAAUUCGACACCAAGUUUAAGUUAUGUUUUAGUAAUUUUCUAGUUCCUUCAGUCUGAA